CUCCGCUCAGUUCCGCGUUGCAGCGCAUUUAAGUCCUGCAGCGUUUCCUCCUCCAGCUUCUACUCUGGAGACCGACCGCCACCAUGUCCGACCAGGGCCAGUUCGACACCAACGUGGUCACCGUGACCCGCUUCGUCAUGGAGGAGGGCAGGAAGGCGAAGGGCACCGGGGAGCUGACCGCGCUGCUCAACUCGCUGUGCACCGCGGUGAAGGCCAUCUCCAGCGCCGUGCGUAAAGCUGGGAUCGCCCAUCUUUACGGCAUUUCUGGCAGCACCAACGUGACCGGCGACCAGGUGAAGAAGCUGGACAUCCUGUCCAAUGAUCUGGUCAUCAACAUGCUCAAGUCAUCAUUCACCUCCUGUGUGCUGGUGUCUGAGGAGAACGAAAAAGCCAUCAUCGUGGAGCCAGAAACAAGGGGUAAAUACAUCGUGUGCUUUGAUCCUUUGGACGGCUCCUCCAACAUCGACUGCCUCGUCUCCAUCGGAACCAUCUUUUCCAUUUACAAAAAGACCACAGAUGAUGAACCCUGUGAGAAGGACGCUCUGCAGCCGGGCAGAAACCUUGUUGCCGCCGGUUACGCCCUGUACGGCAGCGCCACCAUGAUCGUGCUUUCCAUUGGCCGAGGAGUCAACUGCUUCAUGCUCGACCCAGCAAUUGGUGAGUUUAUCCUGGUGGAGCGCGAUGUGAAGAUCAAGAAGCGAGGCAAGAUUUACAGCUUGAAUGAAGGCUAUGCAAAGUUCUUUGACCCUGCUGUCUUGGAGUACGUGAAGAAAAAGCAGUACCCUCAGGAUGGCAGUCAUCCCUACAACGCCCGCUACGUCGGCUCUAUGGUGGCAGACGUCCACCGAACGCUGAUGUAUGGAGGAAUCUUUUUAUACCCAGGAAAUGUGAAGAACCCUGAUGGAAAGCUGCGGCUGCUGUACGAGGGAAACCCCAUGGCCUUCAUCAUGGAGCAGGCGGGCGGCAUGGCCUCCACCGGCUACGAGAACAUCCUGGACAUCCAGCCCCAGUCCAUCCACGAGCGCUCUCCCGUAGCCAUGGGCUCCCCUGAUGAUGUCCUGGAGUACAUCGCCAUCUGCAAGAAACAUGCCAAGAAGUGAGACCACACUGACUCACUCUCACAACCGUCCCCCUGCAACAACAACAAAAAACCUUGUAUCUCCAAACUGUGUGCUGUUCAGGAAGUGAAGAAGAGGGGCUCACAUUGAGCUUGAUGUAAAUGUUCUUUUGAUGGCUUUUUUUUAAUGUGGUUUUAAAAUGUUUCUUAAGACCAAAAAUGUAAAGAGAUUUUGACAAGAGUUAAAUUUGGGGGUACAAGGUUUUCAUUCCAAACCAGCAUUGUUCAUGUUCUACUUGUAGAAGGCUGAACGGGGUUCAGUGGACACAUGAAGACUGUAGUUCAUAAGCUUAAACGCACACAUUCCAGAAAAACUACCAAAGAUGAAGAAAACCGUGCCAAAAAAAAAAGUUUACCUUCAAUCGUGCCUUAAUUAGAAUGAACAUUCAUUCUAGAUGUGUGAAGGACCAAAUGCAACCUCUGUGCAACAAAACUUGAUGCAUUUAUAUGUGACAAAAACUACUGUUUGGAAUGAUGUCUUGAUAAAUUAAAAUGAGUCUGUGAAGAUAAAAA